AUGAGCAUCACAUUCGACGUCUUCCGCGGAUCCCCGGAGGGCCGCAUCCUCGCCGCCCAGGUGACGCGCACUCUCGAGCACAACGAGGUGUUCAUCGAGACCACCCACUCCGGGGUCUGUGGCACCGACGAGCACUGCCUGAAACUCGGGUGCGUGCUGGGACACGAAGGCAUCGGGAUCAUCAAAGCGGUGGGCGCAGGGGUCCAGUCGGUCCAGGUCGGGGAUCGCGUGGGAUUCGGCUUCACGCAUAGUAUCUGCGGCACCUGCGAGGAGUGCGCGAGCGGCUGGGAUCAAUAUUGCGCGCACGCGAAGCGGUACGGCUACCACGACCACGACAACGGCUCGUUCGGCCACGGCGCGGUGUGGGACGAGAAAUGCGUCUACCAAAUCCCCGAGGGAUAUGAUUCCGUUCAUGCGGCCCCGCUGAUGUGCGCAGGCGCCAGUGUCUGGGAGAUCUUCAUGCAGUACGGGGUGCGAGCAACGGACCGCGUGGGCGUCAUGGGAGUCGGUGGUCUUGGCCAUGUGGCUAUCAAGCUGGCUGCUGCCUUGGGGUGCACGGUCGUCGUUUUGUCGAACACCGAGGCGAAGAGACAGGAGGCCUUGGACUACGGGGCCUCGGAGUUUUAUGUAUACAAGUCCGGAGGUGCGGUGCCGGAGGGGUUCCAGCCGGUGAAGCAUUUGUUGCUGUGUGGAAGUGGCCAGGUGGACUUUCCUGCCUUGAUUCCCCUAAUGGCUACGCGUGGUAGCAUUUAUCCCCUCACAGCCACCCGCACGCCCGCCUCGGUGCCCCUUGCUGCGCUCUUCCUUCGCGGUAUUAAAGUGCAAGGGUCUCUCGUCGCCUCCCGCAACAAUCUCCGCUCUCUGCUGGCAUUCGCUGCCCAGAAGAAGAUCACUCCCACGACGAUGACUUUUCCCAUGACCCCGGCGGGCAUCGAGGACGCCAUGCAGACGUUACGAGAGGGGAAGAUGAGGUACCGGGGGGUCUUGGUCCGGGACAUGCAAUAG